AUGCGUGCAGUCGAACUACCGGGCGAAAUCGAGAAGACCCGCACAAUCUGUCCCUACUGCGGCGUCGGCUGCUCGGUUGACCUAUUGACCAAGGAGGAUCGGAUAGUCGGCAUCCACCCAGCGAUGGACGGUCCCGCAAACGAAGGAGCCCUCUGCGUCAAGGGUCAGUUCGCCUUCGAUUUUGUGCACCACCCCGACCGGCUAACAACCCCACUUAUUCGUGGCGAGGACGGCGAACUCCACGAGGCAAGCUGGGAUGAAGCACUUGAUCGCGCAGCCGAAGGGUUCCGGCAGGCAAGCGAAAAACACGGCAGACAUAGUGUUUACGGUGUCGCCUCCGGCCGUGCACCGACCGAGGCAGCGUACCUCAUGCAGAAGUUUAUCCGUGUCGGCUUUGGGACAAACUACAUCGACAACUGUAGCCGUGCCUGA